AAAGUAUAUUCUCUGUUUAAUUCAUACGACUCUAUAUGUACAUCGACUACCAAGAGGUCUGCGAAAUGGAUGUCAGUUUCUCGAAAUUAUCACAAAGGUUUACGUUAACUGCAUGAACAGGCAGAUACAAUUGCUUCACAGUUUUCCAUAGAAUGUUACAAAUUAAGCUCACUGAUAUUACAGUACUAAAACUUGGGCAUUGGAAUGGCCUUUCUGUCACUUGACAUUUCGGAGUUACUUGUAGUGGAAAGCGACUGCCUCUCUCAUUAACAUAUUUAUCACAAAUAAUUUGCCGCACGAUGCAGAACUCAUCGGAAAAUAAUUUAUGAAAUCUUUCGGGUUCGUGAUUUGUAUCUGUCAAUGAAUUAACAUGUGACUGAUCGCUCCUUUUCUCAACCAGUCUCGGACCCAUUUCCUCUCCUUCGUUGUUUUCUGUUUCUUGCAAGCUAUAACUCGCAGACAUGUCUGUGCCAUAGCUUUCUUUUGACUGUUUGGCAACUUAAAUUUGUAAAAUCAUGUUGUCAACUGACAACUUUGGCAAUGUUAUUGAUACUGUGAGGUCGCUUAAAUAUAUUGAAGGAUUGAAAACUAGUAUUUUCAAUAAAUACUGAUUGUGUGUAGGCCCCGACAGCACUCGUAAAACCAGAUGAUGUAGUCGAUAGGUGAACUAGUCGAUAUUAGCCAAAGGUCUGAGAAAGAAUCUAGUCAUGCACUGCUAAGCUGUUUGAGUUGGGUUGGUUAAAGUUGUGUGUACUGUGUAGUGUAUAAUAUGACACGUGUCUACAAAUAAUUCGUGUGACAGUGUGCACUCCAAUAAUCAGUCCAGAUAUGGAAGUUUCAUGACAUGAGUAUUCUUUGUCUACUUAUUCCUAAAUAAACGCCACGGUGAUGAGAGCUGAAUAAAAUAAGUUUGGAGGGUCCAACGCCAAUGGGAUUACUUGAAGGCAUUUAAUUAUUUUGAAGACGGGUACCUGGCUGCGAAGAAGAAUGAGUGAUUUAAGUAACUGGUUCUAUUCAUUACCAGUCUUCACGAGAUGGUGGAUGACACUGACAACGGCGUUCUCUCUUCUGGGACGCUUUGGAUUGCUGAGAGGCAUUUAUCUCGCCUUACUUUACGAACCUUUCAUCCACCGAUUCCAGAUAUGGAGGCCAGUCACAGCUGUCUUCUACUACCCCAUUACUGCUUCAACAGGAUUCCAUUUCUUAAUAAAUUUAUACUUCUUAUACAAGUAUUCAUUACUUUUGGAAACUGGUAUUUUUGAUGGUCGCCCUGCAGAUUAUCUGUUCUUACUUCUUUUCAACUGGAUAUGUAUUGUUAUUGUAGCACUCAUGGCUGAUAUUAAUCUCCUUAUGGUUUCCAUGGUCCUCAGUGUUCUGUAUGUUUGGUGCCAGCUAAACAAAGACGUCAUAGUCAGCUUUUGGUUUGGAACUCGCUUCAGAGCUACAUAUUUACCAUGGGUCCUCUUUGCCUUUCAUCUUAUUAUUUCUGGAGGAGGACUUAAUGAGUUGGUGGGUAUCCUAGUUGGACACCUGUACUUCUUCCUCAUGUUUAAAUAUCCCCAGGAAAUGGGAGGUCCAAGCCUCUUAACAACACCAUCAAUUUUGUACAGGUGGUUCCCAAACCGACAAGGAUCGGUGCACGGUUUUGGUGUCCCACCACAGAGCCGGCGGCCAGUGGCUGAUCCUCCAGGGGGGCGCCACAACUGGGGCCGUGGAUAUGUUCUCGGCGAGGAAUGAGCGAGCUGCAUGGAGCUAUCAUAAAGCAAAUUUGUUAAAAUCUUAUUUUCCUAAAACAUGUUUGUUUUGCUUAAAGUAUAUAAUAUUUUAAUAACUUGUUAGGUGAAUGAAGGUUUCAGGACAAAUAACAUGUGCUGGCAUAAAUCUUGUUUUAUUGAAGAUUGUUCAGUGUGCAGUUUAUUAUCUUUCAUGACAGGGAGAGAUAAUGUUUGUCAUCUUAAGUAUUAUUUCUGUACAGUUACUUAACCGCUUAAAGGCAUAAGUAAUACUAAAUGCAGAAAAGGGAGGAUUAUUUGUUUUACACUUCCAGAGCAACUUACUGAAAGUGUAAGUACUAUUCAGUAGUAAAAAUGAAGGUUGUAAAAGAACAGUGAUGUGUAUGUAUGAAAGUGGAAAAAAGUAAAAAAAUAAAAUAAAAAAAUAGACCAUA